AAAAUAUUUUUUCUCUUUUUUUUUUCACCCACACAGCAUUACCAGAACCAGAGACCGUCUGAAUGCACCUCAAGGAAGACACGGUGACAGAUGUGCUUUUCUUCGUGUGGUUCGGGUUCGUUUUGGCUCGUGUCUGCUCCCUUCCUGUCCUCGUGCCGCGGUGACGGACAUUUGGUUCUGCUCUGACCCUCCCCUUCCAUUCAGCCAGGCAGCAUCUUCCACCGGGUCCAACAUGACGUCCAUCAGCAGGUACCGGAGCCGCGCGCUCCGUGCAGAGGAUUCGGAGGACAGAGAGUAUGUGGGCUUUGCAACGUUGCCCAACCAACUGCACAGGAAGUCAGUGAAGAAAGGCUUCGACUUCACACUCAUGGUGGCUGGUGAGUUUGGUCUGGGUAAAUCCACGCUGGUCAACAGCCUGUUCCUCACUGACCUGUACAAAGAGAGGAAGCUGCUCAAUGCUGAGGAGCGAAUCAAGCAGACGGUGGAGAUCACAAAGCGCACGGUGGACAUCGAGGAGAAGGGCGUGAAGCUCAAGCUCACCAUCGUGGAUGUGCCAGGUUUUGGCGACGCUGUCAACAACACAGAGUGCUGGACUCCAGUAACAGACUACAUCAACCAGCAGUUUGAACAAUACUUCAGGGACGAAAGUGGGCUGAACAGGAAGAACAUCCAGGAUAACAGGGUCCACUGCUGCCUUUACUUUAUAUCCCCAUUUGGACAAGGGCUCCGUCCCAUCGAUGUGGAGUUCAUGAAGGCCCUGCAGGAUAAAGUCAACGUGGUUCCGCUCAUCGCUAAGGCCGACUGCCUCACGCCUUCUGAGAUAAAGAGGCUCAAAGAACAGGUGAGGGAAGAGAUCGAUAAGUUUGGGAUAAAGAUCUACCAGUUCCCCGACUGCGACUCUGAUGAAGACGAGGAGAUCAAACAGCAGGAUAAAGGGCUGAAGGAGAGCCUUCCGUUUGCAGUGAUCGGUGGGAACACUGUGCUGGAGGUCAGAGGUCAGAGGGUGAGGGGCCGCCUCUACCCGUGGGGGAUCGUGGAGGUGGAGAACCCGUCCCACUGUGACUUCGGGAAGCUCAGGAACAUGCUGAUUAGGACACACAUGCACGACCUGAAGGACACCACCAACGACUGUCACUAUGAAAACUACCGGGCCCAGUGCAUCCAGAACAUGACCAGUAAGAUGAAUGCGGAUAAGCGCGUGGAGAGUCCCGCCCCCAUCCUGCCGCUGUCCACGCCCGCCGUGGAGACAGAGAAGCUUAUCAAGAGGAAAGACGAAGAACUGAGGAGGAUGCAGCAGAUGCUGCAGAAGAUGCAGCAGCAGAUGCACGGGCAGGACCUGUGACCUCCGAUCGGCCCUUUUACAGCAGCGAUAAUCUCACACACACACACACACACACGCACACACACACACACACACACACACGGUGUAAUCCACACUGCUCCCCUUCUUUCAGGGACGAGAUGAGAAAAUCGCUCUUUACUGAUUAACAGAUAAAGUGUUUUUAAGACAGCAUGCUUUCUCUUCGGUGCAGUGAUCCAAGUGAUCUAUAGAUUUUUAGCCAGUAGAUUGAAUUUAUCAGAUAGACCAAAGUAGAUUAACAAAGUAGAUGCAACACUUUGGUGAAAUACUGAAGAAGUAUUCCAACAGUGGUCGAAUGCCAUGAUGCUUUUGAAUAUUAAAAUCAGAAAUUUGAAUAUUUUUGGAAACAAGAAACGGGUUUGUAAACUGAAAAUAUCAGAAUUGAGUUUUCAUAGAUAUUUAAAGUCAUUAAAUAUGAGAAAUAAGGACUUCCUGUUGUGACAGGAAAAAACAAAAAACAAUAUUAGAUGUAGAAGUCUUGAGUUAUUGAUGGUGUUUGGAUAAAUGAUUUUCACCAAACUGUAACGAGACUCCUGGUAGUUUUCUAACAGGGUUCUUUGUUCACAUAACAUCAGAGGUUUGGGUUUUUCAUCAUGGUCUUUAUUAUCAUAUUCAUCCUGAACUGUGAAUGAUGCAUUAAGCUGCUGUUUAAGAUGCAACUUUAAUGAAUCUUAAAAACAAGAAAAGGUGCACAUGUUUGAAUUUAUGGUGGACUUUUUGAAAUCCACAUAAGCUCAAAUGUAUACAUACCCAGUGCACAGAUUUAAUAACAGAUAAUGUCCCUGUUUUGCAGCUUAAUAUCAGAGCUUCUUAUCAGAACCAGUGGAGUUCAUUUUAAAAGGCUUGUUUCUGAAAACAGAAAAGGCUUUUUGGUAUAAUUCAAAUUUUUUUUAUUGACCUGAUGUCAGAAAAUUCUAGAAAUAUCAUAUAAUUUUUUCCUAACCCAGUUUUGAUUCGGGGUCACUGAACAUCAACCUAUUUUAUUUUAUUUAUUUAUUUUUUUUUUAACAAUAUAUUUAUUAAGUUUUUGUGUAUAUGAAACAUAGAAAAUAUACUUUAAAGCAAACAUUGAAAACCACCAGCCCCCACAGUCAGCACUCAGGAUAUAAGAUACAAUAAAAUUCAACUAAAAUAAAUGAAAUAAAAAAAGAAAUUAUAUGAAAUGAAAACUGGGGACAAAGUAAAAAUGUAUAGAUACAUUUUUUGCACAAAAGUCUUUUCCACCAGCAGUAACUUCCUGUUGUUGAUCACAUGACUCGUAUGAUGCCCAAUAAACUAAUAGCUGAAAAAACCUAAUCAUCCUCAAUCAAAAACAUCUUAGCAUUUUGUUUUUUGAAAUUGCUUUGUUUCCAUUAAACAAAUAAAUUUUUGUUAUCCCAAUCUUGGCAAUAUUACGGUCAUUGGAAGAACGUGUGAAUAUAAUCUUUUAUGUUUCUUACAAGUAAUAACUGACACCAACAUAAAGCUAAUGUUUCCACAAACCUUCAUCUUUUCAGUUCCUGAGAUGUUAGAUGAUAUUUAAUCCCACUGCUUUUCUACACGCCAGUGUUGUACUCUUCUGGGGAAUUGUAACGAUUUGUAAAUAUGUGAAAUGAAACAUAGCCAGAGGCAGUUGAUCAGAAAACAAAUGUUUACUGAACUCCCUGACAGCAGGAGAGUUUUCCAGCACUCAGGACUGCAGGUCAUUUUUUUCUUCUGUUUCUGUGGUUGAUCAGACUGUGUUUUUAAAUUUUGUGAUGAUAAUAAAAAUGAUGUGAGAAUUGUCUCAGCGGUCUGA